AUGCCGUCAGACGAAAUGGAGCUAGAUCUCCCCGCGAGCUUUUCUCUCUUUUCCGAGUUACCCCCCGAGAUACGCCUUCGAAUCUGGCAUUACAGUCUCCCAGGUCCUCGGAUUGUGCCCAUACGGUGCGGCGUCGACCAGCUGGCGCCCGGCUCUCUUCGUAGUCUGGCCGCCGCCACGGGCUGCACCACGACGACACCGAAUCCCACCAACUUGCACAUCUGCGCCGAGUCACGCGCCGAGGCUAUCAAGAGCUACCGCCGCUGCUUUGGCUUUGCGUACCGGCCUGGCCACAUUUACUUUAACCCCAGUCGUGAUGUCCUCUAUUUCGGGCCCCGAAAGGGCUACAUGAACACCGAAGCACAGUUCCGCACUUGCAUGACCAUGUGCAACUCGUCUGAAUUGGCCGCCGUGCGCCGCGUCGCCGUCAGCGACGCCAUCUUUUGGAUCGACGAUACAUACCGCUCGAUGACAGCAGCGAGCAUUACCAUGGACGUAUUGCGCAUUAUUGACCAGCGUCUGCCAAACCUCGAAGAGCUUGCUUUCGUACCGCGGGAAGAAGACGAAGCCUGCCGCUACGAUCUCGACGAAACACUGCAGCGCAUGCACGACCAGAUUGAUACGGCAGUCAAUACGUUGGCCCAACAAAAUAUUGUCUACAGGGUGCCAGCGUGGCACAUUUCAUGCUUGGAAACUCUCCACAAUGCCGCGGGAUGA